AUGACUGAAAUGCUCCCAAGAUCAGACGAUUUGGAGGCUACAUGGAACUUCAUUGAACCGGGUAUUAAUCAAAUUCUAGGCCAUGAAGAUGCUCAUAAACAAACAUCGCAAGACAAACGGGUUGACAAGAUUUUGUCCCCUACUAUGUACAUGGAAGUAUACACUGCAAUUUACAAUUAUUGUGUUAAUAAAUCACGUUCUUCGGGUCAAUUCAAUACAGAUAAACCAUCUAAUCAAUCAUCUAUCCUGGUAGGUAGUGAAAUAUAUGAAAAAUUGAAAAAUUACCUUAAGAAAUAUCUGUUAAAUUUUGAAAAAAACCCUGAAGAGACUUUUUUACAAUUUUAUGUUAGACAUUGGAAGAGAUAUACAGUUGGUGCAAUCUUUUUAAAUCAUACGUUUGAUUAUAUGAAUAGAUACUGGGUUCAAAAGGAGAGAAGUGACGGUAAAAGACACAUCUUUGAUGUUAAUACUUUGUGUUUGAUCACUUGGAAAGAAGUUAUGUUUGAUCCUAAUAGUGAACUUCUUGUUAAUGAGAUUUUGGACCAAAUUACUCUUGAAAGAGAUGGAACAGCUAUAAAGAGAGGGGAUAUUACUACAUCUAUCAAAUCGUUCGUUAUGUUAGGUAUCGAUUUACAAGAUUUAAAGAAACUAAAUUUGAACGUCUACAUUCAAGUUUUUGAAAAACCAUUCCUAAAGAGAACUGAAGAAUAUUACAGGCAAUACUCAGUGAAUUAUUUGAAGACACAUCCAGUAACGGAUUAUAUCUUUGAAGCACAUACCAUUAUAAAUCGUGAAGAGAAGGGUAUGGCCAUGUAUUGGGAUGAUCAUACCAAGAAACCAUUAUCUGAAACUUUAAAUACUGUUUUGAUUAAGGAACAUAUUGAAAAGAUGGAGGCAGAUUUUGUUACUUUGCUAGAUUCAAGAGAUAAUAAUAAGAUUUCUGCACUAUACAAUUUGUUACAAAGAGAUUUCACACUAUUACCAAAACUUGCUACAGCUUAUGAAGAUUACGUAAGGCGUACUGGUGAACAUGAAGUUUCAAGAUUAAUAGAAGCCCAUAAAGCUGCUGUAAUGAGCAGUGCCCCAGAGGGAGCUAAUCCAAAGAAAUUAGCUAUGACAGCCAUGCAUUCAUUCCCUCCAAAGGAAUACAUAAAGAGAUUACUUGUUGUGUAUGAUACAUUCCGUGUGAUUACAUAUGACUGUUUUGAUAAUGAUGUUCUUUUCACAAAGGCUCUUGACAAUGCAUGUCGUGCUUAUAUUAACGAUAAUGAAUUUGCAUUACCACCGGGAUCUUCUAGAUCUGCCACAUCAAAGACCUCUGAAAUGUUGGCCAAAUAUAGUGACCAACUGUUAAAAAAAUCUACAAAACCUGAGAUUGCUGCAGAUAUGUCUAUUGAUGAUAUUAUGGUGGUAUUCAAAUUUUUGACCGAUAAGGAUGUCUUUGAAUCCCAUUAUCGUAGAUUAUUUGCAAAAAGAUUAAUUCAUGGGACUUCUAUAUGCGAUCAAGAUGAAGAGGCUGUUAUUCAAAGAUUACAAAGUGAGAAUAGUAUGGAAUAUACAGGUAAGAUAACUAAGAUGUUCCAAGAUGUAAGACUUUCUAAGAUCCUUGAGACAGAUUUCGAUAUGAUGGUGAAACAAUUGCCAGAUUAUUCAAGAAAGAAAUACCCUGAGUUACAACCAUUUGUCCUUGCCGAGAACAUGUGGCCAUUUUCAUUCCAAGAAGUCGAAUUCAAUAUCCCGCAAGAGUUGGAGAGUACUUAUACAAAAUUAGCUGACAUGUAUAUCAAUAAACAUAAUGGUCGUGUCCUUAAAUGGUUAUGGCCAUUAUGUCGUGGUGAAUUAGUGGCAAACAUUGGUAAACCAGGUCGUCCCCCAUUCCAUUUCACUGUGACGUUAUUCCAAAUGAGUAUAUUAUUAUUGUUCAAUGCUACCGACACUAUCACAUUAGAGACUAUUCAAGAUAAGACUGGCUUAUCAUUACAAAACAUUGCUGCUUCGAUGGUGCCGUUUAUUAAAUUUAAAUUAAUACAACAAAUCCCAACAGGUUUAGAAGCAUUGGUGAAACCAGAUACUCAGUUCAAGAUUGCACAACCAUAUAAAGCAUUAAAAACUAAGAUUAAUUUUGCAGGUGGUGUCAAGAAUGAUAUAUUGAAUGCAUUGCAACAUAAUAAUGGAAAUGGCAGCAAUAAUAAUGACCCGAAUAAUAACGGUGCACAAAGUAAAAAUGGUGCGAAUGCAGAUGGUAACACAAUGACGGAGAACGAGUUGAUAGAGAAAGAAUUAAACUCUGAGAGACAAAUCUUCCUGGAGGCCUGCAUUGUUAGAAUCAUGAAGGCAAAACGUAAGUUACCACACACUAUGUUAGUAAACGAGUGUAUUGCUCAGACACAUCAACGGUUUAAUCCUAAAGUAUCGAUGAUUAAAAGAGCCAUUGACGGGUUAAUCCAGAAGGGUUACUUGCAGAGAUGCGAUGAUGGUGAAUCUUACUCUUACUUAGCUUGA